AUGGGCGGUUUCACUGAGAAACAAGAGGAAUUGGUUAAUAGCUCAUGGGAGGUAUUCAAGGGAAACCUUUCUCAAAAUAGCGUUACGUUCUUCAAAUUGGUAUUGGAGAAGGAACCAGGAGCAAAGGACAUGUUCUCAUUUCUAGCUAAUGGAGUAGAUCCCAAUAAUCCUAAGAUGGCUGCCCAUGCUGAAAAGCUUUUUGGAACGGUACGAGACGCAGCUGUUCAACUUAAAACAAAGGGAGAAGUGGUGGCCGAACCCAAACUUGGUUCUGUCCAUACUGAAAAAAAAGUCACCGAUCCUCAAUUUGCGGUGAUUAAAGAAGCACUGCUGAAAACAAUAAAGGAAGCAGUUGGAGACAAAUGGAACCAAGAACUGAACGAUGCAUGGGAACAAGCCUACAAUGCUAUGGCAGCAGCAAUUAAGAAGGCAAUGGCUUAG